CGACGCUCAUGUCUGGAAACCAAAUAACAAAGCUGGGUUUUGUUGCCCUGACGAAGCUUCGACAAAUGGCUGUUGAUUUUCCGGUGACGUUUUGGGUAACUCGGUCUGGAAUUUGGUAUAAAAACCCAGAAACUUCAAAUCUCUGACAUUUGAUUCGAGCGCUCGUGGUGUGCGGAAGACAAUCGUUGGAUUUCGUCUCGACAAAAUCCAUCGGAAAUCAAACAUCCAAGAACUCCAAAGGAAUUGUCAUUGGAACUCUUUUACUAUUAUUGUGGAUAUUUAACUGCAGAUUCAAUUAAGAGAGGGGGAUGAUGAUCUUUGAAUGACGAGGACACGAGUUUGCAGAGAUUGGCUUGCCUAAUCUUCAUAAAUAAAGAUAGAUUUGUUUUACUUGAGUCAAGCCGAAAAUCUUUAACAAACAGCAGCAAAAAACUACACGAGUAGGGAAAUUCUUCUUGUUGAAUCUACGAAAAAUGACCAAAUUGAACAGCAAAAUUAACAGAAUAAUUCGGAAUAAGGCGUGAAGAGAUUCGGCAGCAGAUUAAGGAAACUUGUUCGCGGUUUUGGUUCACGAUAAACUGAUACAAACUGUCUGAGUAAUCAUAAAGGUUUUUUACCAAGAUUCGCCUCGCGUUCGUGGUUCACAAUGCAUUUUCUAUCAAAGUUGUUAAUUGUUUGUGCAAUUUUAUUCGCUAUUGACUUUAAUGAUUGUAGACGACAGAGAAGUAGAGGAAGGAGAAGAAGACAACGGGGAUACAGGCAAGAAAACAAACCAAACAUUAUUUUAAUUCUGGCCGAUGAUUUGGAUGUUGUCUUGGGUUCACCUGAUGUUAUGAGAAAAACUCGUCGAUUACUUCGCGAAGGGGGAACGGAAUUUGCAAACAUGUUUGUAACGAGCAGCAUUUGCUGUCCUUCUCGAUCGUCGAUUCUUACCGGGAAGUACUCACAUAAUCACAAGGUUAAUUCGAAUGUCGGUCCAUGCGCAGAUGCAGAUUGGCAGGCUGGAGAAGAAAGGUUCACGUUUGGUAAACUUCUUCAAGACGCCGGAUAUCAUACAGGCUACUUCGGUAAAUAUCUCAACCAAUACGAUGGCAGCAACAUCCCCCCUGGCUGGAAUGAAUGGUACGUUUCAUUGAAAAACAGUCGCUACUACAACUACACUGUAAACAACAAUGGUCGCUUUGAGCGCAAGGCCUGGAAUUAUGAAAAAGACUAUUCUACCAAUGUAUUCGCCGACGCCGCGAUUCGAUUUUUUCGCCGCGCGAAAAUCAGGGACUACACUAAGCCUGUACUUAUGACUGUCUCGUUUGCUGCCCCACACGGCUCAGAAGACCCUGCUCCGCAUCACAGUUCAAUGCUCAAGAAUGCAAAAGCUCCAAGACAUCCAAGCUUCAACUCGUCCUUUGCUGACAAACACUGGAUUGUGCGUCAGUCGCCGCCAAUUUCUCCUCCAAAGGAACAAUUUAUUGAUCUGCUUCAUCGACGGCGCCUGCUGACGUUGCUUUCCCUUGACGACGCUAUCGCCCGUUUGUACCAAACCGUCCGUAGAAUGGGCCAACUGGAAAACACCUACAUUUUCUUCACUUCGGAUCAUGGCUACCAUCUUGGCCAGUUUAGAUUGGUUAAAGGCAAAUCACAGCCAUACGAAACAGAUAUCAGAGUACCGAUGUAUGUCGUUGGUCCUGGAGUUCCAGUUAACAAAACGGAGGCUGCGAUUGCCUUGAAUAUUGAUUUGGUUCCAACUUUCCUGGAUAUCGCCGGCGUGAAUCAACCGGAGAAUGUCGACGGUUCAUCUCUUCUAAAUGUCAUAUCAGCCAAGAAGAAAAAACGAAGGAGAAACAUGAGAGGUAUGCCAUUGACUCCAUGGCGGGAUACAUUUCUUGUGGAGAGAACACGCAUGGCAUUUUUGCCAGCCUUGCCAUACUCUCAUCAAGUCAUCCAAAGACAAAAGAUAUCACGUUUAGACCCAUUCACGCAGUUGUACGCUCGAUUCAAGGUAAACAGCAAAGACCCAAGUGGGCACUAUGCGCUUAUAUAUUGCACAAAGAAGGGCGCACCACAGCCGCCAUGCAGCCCCAGGAAAAAAAGGGUUUGCGCUCUUGUUAACGGAAAGUAUUCCUUGAUUGAAUGUCAAUCGAAAAAAAGAAGUAACAGAAAAGACAAAAAGGACUUGAAAUGCACUUGCAAAUCAGUGCCUAAGCCUAAACCAACUGUACCACCAUUAGAUGAAAUACUCCCAACUGCUGACCUAGACAAACGACCAUAUUAUCAGGAAUACUACCGCAAAUUAAGGGAACUGGCUGACUUGCACGGGGAAGAAGCAACAAUAUUUGCUAAAUUGCUCGUAAGAAUGAAACGAAAAUCGAGGAAACGCUCAUUGAGAAGGUUGACUAUCAGAGAUCUUAAAUACAAUGAAAUCCAUUUGAGGAUACGAGAAGCAAAGAAACUACUUGGUGCUUUGAGGCAACGGAGAAGGCUUCUGAAAAACAGCGAUACAAAAAGUGAAAAGAAGAGCAGUGAGGUGAAGGCUGACGAGAAAUGCACGUGUCGAAAGGAGAAGGGAAAGGGGAAAAAGAAACAAGCCAAGUCAAUGUUACCGGGAAUAAAUUGUUUCUUUGUUAAUCGUGCUAAAACGUGGGUUACACCACCUAGAUGGACAGGUUCGAGCUUUGUCAGCUGUACAAACACAGCAAACAAUUCGUACCUCUGCUUGCGAACGAUCAAUGCCACGCACAACUUCAUCUACUGCAAAUUUGUAACAGGGUUCAUUGAAUACUACGAUCUGAAUAAAGACCCUUAUCAGGUAAAGAACACACAUAGAUCUCUUUCAAAUGACGCAAUAGCUGAUUUUGACAGACAGAUAGAUUUUCUUUCAAACUGCAAAGGAGAGCGCCAAUGUACAGUAACUGCUGGACGUCGACCUAAUGUGAUUGUUAGGCCGGCUAUUCGCAGAAACUUUGUAAGAAGCAGAUAUCCAAGGGCAAGAUACUUCAACUGGAAUAGAUAUCUGGGCAUUUCACAAUAGAGAAGUGAAACAGAAAUAGUUCUACAGAAAAGUCUCAGAAACUUUGAAAUCUUGCAGUUGCCGCAUAUCAUUUGCUGUGUAUAGACUCAAGGCUUGAAUGCAAGCCUCUUUUUAGAAAUUUAUUCAAACCGAGACGGUAGCAUAACCAUGGCUCUAAAUUUAAAGUUUAUAGACUUUAAAGUUUCUAUGAGCCAAGUGAUGUAAAUUGCUGCAUGUUGUUGAUGUUGCAUCUGGAGUGUGAUUGCGGGUUUGCUUGUGUGGAAAAACAGAAUAUGGUUCAUCAAAUUCUAAAGUGGCUAGCAAAAGUUUAACUGUCAAAAUUUUACGGAAUACGAGACCGCCAUGGAAAAGAAAAGCUACUGAAUUGUUGCAGAAGGCAACUUGCUCUUGUUGUGAGACAUGGGCUGAGCCAAACUAUUCCCUAAGGAGUGUAAUAAUUAGUCUGAUGCUCCACUUGUUGAGCAGAUUGACAAUUCUAUCUGAAUCGAACAGCCCCAAACGUUUCUCUGUUAAGGAACCUCAUGCUAGUUCUUGCAAGGAAAACGCAUAUCCUUUCUAACAUGAAUAUGUGAAUUAAGUUAUUAGUAUAGUUUUAAAUUUGUCCGUUACCGGACUUCGGGCCCUGUCCGUAAACGAAACAUUUAUUGUAUUUUCAUUUGACGAGUGAACGAUUCUAAAACUGUUCGCUUUUGUAUAGUCCUUCUAGGUUUAAAAGCUUUGUUGAGCAAUAUCUUACAAUUUACAAAUAUUAAUAAUGAUCUUAGAAAAGAUCGGAAAGUUUGAAGCAUACCGAAAUUGACCUCAUGUCUUCUCUCAAGAGUAAUACAUUUAAAUGAAGCAAGAUGUGAAUUUUCAUUCUGCAAACACUUUUCAUGAGAUCUUUGUAGCCAAAGAACUUAUUGUUCAGCUUCAAGGUCAAAUUUCAUAACGACAAAAAUUGUCUUUGUCACUUGGCCAGAGAAACCGUUUUUGCUUUCAUUGUUUGAAGACAAAUUGGAAAGAGACCUUUAACAGUCUUGGAAAGGGACCUGUAACAUUGACACAAUUUUUCGGUUACCUUCAAACUUAGUCGAUUAAUUUAAGAAUUUUAACUAGAUAUUUAUUAUUGUAGUUGAUAAUAAUUCAUGUAAGUGGAGACUAGAAAUUAAGCACUAUUUUGUUAAGUUAACAAUGUGUGUGUAGUUACAGUUUUAUACAUAGUGUUAGAUGGUGGAGCAUUAUUUUGAAAGGUAUUCGAUAAUCGGAUCACUAAGAGGGUGUCAAGAACAUAACAUCAAGAAUAUAAAUAUCACCUAUACAACUAGGAUGUAAAUUAAAGAACGAGGCCCUUGACAAAUAUUUCUUAUUUCAUGAAUGCUAAGGAUGUCAAUCCCAACGACCCUGAUAGAACCUAUGAAUAUUCUAAGACCAUUUUACAAAAUAUAUUCUAGCCAAAAAGUUAUAGAUUACUUAUAUUUGUUAAAAUAUUCUUAUAAAUGCAACGGUAGAAGUUGGCUGUCUGUCUUGCAACCGUAUCAAGAUAUCAGCUAAAUAUUAAAAAGCAAUCCAAUAUUUUGUUAAUGCAGAUGCCUUGCCUGUUUGCUCCGCCAUCACCAUCUAGCUGCCUUUACGUUAAAGGCAUUUUGCACCCUAAAGCUAUAAUAGGAUUAUUUCGAAAUUGCGUGUUAUGUUUGUAAUUAUGAAAUUGCUCCCUGAAGGAUGUGCUACACUUUUAAGGUAGUCUUUAAGGCCAAGCCUUGAUAUAGCUGUAGGCUAUGUUGGUAUUGUAUUAAUCGCAAUCUCCCUCUUUGAAUUCGGUGAGUGACCACCUAAAAACCACCGCCUUAUAAUUAAAUAUCUGGGUUCUCUCGGGCCCGUCUGUGAUACCUACGUCAGUUGCCUAAAGCUCAUAACCUCUCCUUUGAAGAAAACCAUGAAACUAUAUAUGGUUCAAUUAAUUACGUCACUGUGUAACAAUCACUAAGCAAGUCUUUCUUAAUAAACUCAAGACUUUGAGGAGCCCCUAAAUCCAUAACAAGCACAAAAAGGCGUCAAGAAAUGCGCGAAUGUGAAUAGUUUUAAGUUUAUUUAUUUUCUACAGUUCGAAAACCCAGUGUGCAGUUCAAUGUGAAAAGCCCAUAACAGAUGUAGCCUCGUGCCAAGCUGUCCUUUUCUAAGUUAAAAAGAUUGUUGUUUUCAUGAUACGCAAUGUUAGAUAAUAAAAAGACUUUUCGCUCUUUUUUACUGUCACAAAUAGGAACCAGAUUCUCCAUAGGGGCGUGGUACUCCAAAAAACUAUUUCAUUCUGCUUUCUUAUAAUUACCUGAUCUUACUUGGAGUUCCAUUUCAAGCCAUCGUUGUUGUAGAAAGAUUAUUAUUUUAGUACUGAUGUUAGCGAUUUGGCAAUCCAAUUUUUGGGUAUUGUUGUAAAUAGUAGCAGUUUUUAAUCACAUCUUUAUUUAUUUCUUAUCUUUGAUCCA